AUGGAAUCUUUCGGAACAUAUUCGUUUUUUACUGCCUCAUACGUUUUUGUCAUACUUCUCUACAUUUUCUCAAUUUUAUACUAUAUAUUAAACACAUUUGUAAGCAUAAAAGGGGGUUAUUUGAAAAGAAAUAUUCAUCUUGUACAUCAAGCAAUGUAUAUUUCCUGCCCAAUCACUUCAGGGUUUUUGAUUUUUGAAAAAGUAUUGGUUUUUUUGGAAAUACGAGAUGAUUUUGAAAAUUCUAAUGAGAUUUACAAUCAACUCCUACAUCUACGGACAGCACUUUCGUCUGUUCCAUUUUAUUCUUUGAUGUUCACAAUGUUGGAAAGAAUAUUUGCAACAUACUAUAUCAAGGAUUAUGAGAAGAAUCCAAGAAAAUAUAUAGGACAUUCUCUAAUUAUUUUACUAUGUGUUUCAUCUGCUAUAACUGCAUAUGUUGUUCAUUUCACGUCAUAUUUACUCAUAUGCACUUUCAUCCAUUUAACUUUAGAUUUGAUAUCAUAUUUUGUUUUAUUAUGGAUAUACAAUUUGAAUAGAAAAUAUUAUAAUGC